UAGACUUUCGUCAUUGUGACCCCCAGAUGAAACCCCCGGUAACUGCACAAAUAUAUAAACUGCAAACAAUAUUCAGAGGUGUAAUUGUACAACGAGUUCAAUUCAGUUCCAUCAAUAUGUCUAAAGAUGACGUUCAUCCGAAAGAUAUUGAAAACUUCAUUAAGAAACACAACGUUGUGGUGUAUUCGAAAACCACUUGCCCAUUCUGUAAGAAGGCGAAAGCGGCACUUGACAGUGAGGGGAUUCGAUACGAAGCGGUUGAGAUUGAUCAAAAAAACUAUGAUAUGCAGUCGAUCCAAGAUGAUCUUGGGAAAUUGACAGGAGCUAGAAGUGUCCCAAGAGUUUUUGUCAAUGGGAAAUUCAUUGGAGGAGGAGACGACACAGUUGCUAAGGCUAAGAAUGGCGUGUUGAAAAAGCUUCUCAGCGAGACUCGUGAAUAGCAGCAUCAUGGAGGACAGCAUUCGUCUCAAUGAAGUGAUAUAGGGCCUACUCUGCAUAUCUUCAAAUUUUUUAUAGAAAAAUGUAUUCUAUGUUCUUCACUUUUUUAAAUAAUUGAAUAAUAUGCUCUUCAUUUAAAAUAAUUGCUUAUGUUCUUCAUUUAAAAUAAUUAUUUGUUAAUGUUCUUUAUUUUAGAUAAUUGUUUGUUAUGUUUUUCAUUUUAAAUAAUUGUUUGUAACACUUUCACGUCAAAAGUCUUUUCGCAAAAUUUAAUGUUAUUAUAAUUUCUUUGUAUUUUUAACUUUUUUUCAAUCACUCACCCUGGUUUCAUUCAUACUUAUAUUUUAUUAAUGUUAAAUUGGUGUGUUGAUAAAGAAAUAUUUACAUUUACACUGCUGCCCCACUGUAUAACUUUAUCAAGCUCACCUGAAUGUUAUGAG